AGAGGGGGACACUGGAAAAAAGUUUUUGUUCUUUUCCUUUUUUUCCUCCUUUCAUCGCCUCCCCCUGUUCUAACCGGGCAACAUGGACCAGGGUCCCAAGAGUCCUGCACUGCGGCUGGGGAGAGCAGGACAUGGCGGAGUGAACCAGCUCGGAGGUGUGUUUGUAAACGGCAGGCCCCUCCCAGAUGUAGUUCGACAGCGAAUAGUGGAACUCGCCCACCAAGGGGUUCGACCAUGUGACAUCUCACGCCAGCUACGAGUCAGCCAUGGAUGUGUCAGCAAAAUACUGGGCAGGUACUAUGAAACGGGCAGUAUCCGUCCCGGGGUAAUCGGGGGAUCCAAACCAAAGGUUGCUACUCCCAAAGUGGUCGACAAAAUCGCUGAUUACAAACGCCAAAACCCCACCAUGUUUGCCUGGGAGAUCCGGGAUAGGCUCCUGGCCGAGAGAGUGUGUGACAACGACAGCGUCCCCAGUGUCAGCUCCAUCAACAGGAUCAUUCGGACAAAGGUUCAGCAGCCGCCCGGCCAAACAGGCUCAGUGUCGGCUCACAACUUAGCAACGUCUGUGGCGGCAACACAAGUGUCAGCAGUGACCAGCGACUCAGCCGGCUCCUCGUACUCCAUCAGUGGCAUUCUGGGUAUCAGCUCAGCUGCCGACGUGGGCAAGAGGAAGAGAGACGAAGGUCUGCAGGAGUCACCGCUGGCCAACGGGCACGGCCACAGUGGGCGGGACUUCCUCAGGAAGCAGAUGAGAGGGGAGCUGUUCUCGCCGCAGCAAAUCGAGACGUCAGAUUAUUCAGCCAUGGCCUCACUAGCUGGUGGACUGGACGAGAUGAAGAACAGUUUGGCCAAUCCUGGAACAGGAGCGGAGUUAGGAGCCAGCAUGUCAGGUCCACAGUCCUAUUCACUCGUUCCAGGUCGCGACCUAGCCAGCACCACUCUGCCAGGCUACCCUCCUCAUGUUCCUCCCACUGGACAGGGCAGCUACUCCACCCCCUCCCUCACUGGCAUGGUACCUGGGGGAGAUUUUUCCGGAAGUCCAUAUUCCCAUCCCCAGUAUUCCACAUACAACGAAUCGUGGAGAUUUCCUAACCCCAGCUUAUUAGUGUUUCAGCAGGAUUAUGGGUCUCUCCUGGGGACGGAAAUCGGCUGCUCCUCCAGUCUCUUCACCAGCCAGGCAGGACAGAUGCAAGGUUCACCGUAUUACUACAGUGCAACAUCACGGGGGGCGGGCCCUGCUGGCACUGCAACAGCCUCUGCUUACGACCGCCACUGACCCCUCCUACUGAGAGAAGAGGAGGAAGAAGAGAAGUAAACGGGGGAGGGAUAGCACCAGCACUGCACAGUACAAACCUGCCUACACACGGACAACAAUGAGGAUGAAGAUUUCAAGUUUUUGACGUCAGUGAAGUUUAAAUUUUCUUUGAUUGACACUUAAGUCAACAAACGCACUGCUGGGCUGCAACACCGACAAACUGUGUGGGUAUUACAUUACUGUGAGGACACAGGCAUGGUAGUGUCAAUAACUGAUAGAUAUACUGUAGGACUGGUCAGAAGCAAGUGAAUUUGGACCCUACCACAAUAAAUCAAGGCUUGGCUUCUUGUUUUUAACCAAUUGUCUACAAAUCCAAGAAGUCAGUGGACUGAGUGUGCAGCAGUGAUUGAAACUAUAUUGUGAUCUUCUGGGUAAGAUGUUGUGUUUUCAGUUUGGGAAAAAUGUUUAGGAAAUUAUUUGAGUUGAUUAAAGCAAAAUCACUUUUUCAAACAGUCUUUAUAGGCCCCAAAAUCAAUCAAACAAUUUUCUAUGCUAUGUUAUGGUGAAGUAAAGACAAUCCAAUUUUCAUAACUUUGAAUGACCAAAAUCCCCCAUAUCAUUAUCAUUCUAGGCUCCUUAGAUUCAACACAUUUUCCCUGGGAUCACAAUGGUAGAUAAAUGGGAUACCAUAACUUUUAAUGGUAGUGUUCAGUUUCACAUAUCACUAAGCCCCGCCCCCAUUAGCCACUGUUGCUAUGCCUGUCAAGCUUUCUAUGUAUUCUCGCACGGCACAUAUGCAGCCUACAAUAAUAUCAGUGGCAGAUUUACCUUCAAAACUGUAGGGGCUUUUGAAACAAUGGAUCCUUUCAGACAGAAGUAGACAAAAACAGCAUUAGCCAAUUUGGCCUAUAGUUUAAUCUAUCAUUACACCUUUGCUCUUCUGUUUUUGGUUUGGAAAAAGGCUAGAAGAUUCCACCCUCCAAUCUCUUUAAAUGUAGAAUAUAUCUCUAACGACAGCCCCAUGCACACUGCUUCAACAUGUGGAGAAAUCCUGAGCUUGACAGGCCAGCCGUGCCUAGUUAUGGUUGCUAAGCUACAAAUGGAUAAUCGCUGUCUGGGGGUGAGGUUUAGAAAACGCUCAAUUUCCAGUGGUUGUUGCCAGUUCCCAAAGUGUAUCACAGAACAUCUAACAUCCACACUUGCAUUUAAAGUGGUUUGAAUGCCACUGACUGACUGACAGACAGAACUUUCAGUAAAAGCACAGCCUAAAACCUGAGCGCUCUACUAUAAAAUGAACAGUGUACAUGUUCACAUCAGACCAAAAUCAAAUCCACCAGGGAGGGUUAUUGUACAGGAAGGUGCUAUCCUACCUCCACAGCCAAGAUUUAGUCCUGAUCAAGAGCUAUUUAUAAUGGGAGGAGACAGAGUAAUAUAUUAAGAAGCUUUUCUGCGCUGCACUCCGUAAUGAGAGUGAAUGCCUGUAAUGAUUUAUAUGUGUCACGCUGUUGUGCUAGAAUAGUGAUGAUGAUGAUGAUGAUGAUGAUGAUGACGAUGCGAUAUGAAAUCUUAAAAAUUUUCAAUAUGAAAAGAAGUCUUUGUUUAUAAAUAUGAUCCGAUUGCGAUUUUCCUGUUUAUAGUUUGUUGCCUGGUAUCAGUUGACACAGGUGCCAUUGAAUAAGACGCCAUUUUUAUCUGCUUACUGAAUACUGAUAAGAAGAACAGGGAAGCAGUGGCACCCUCUCUUUCUCUCUCUCUCUCUCUCUCUCUCUCUCUCUCUCGCUCUAGCUCUCUUUCCGUUUCUCUCUUUAAACUCCCCAAAGAUGGGCCCCCCCUAGUGGAUCGGCUGACUAACUACAAAAGCACAAAGAGACUCAAUCAUCAUUUAAAGGCGCAAAUUUUAAUUUUUUGACUUACUUUUAGAACCAUUACAUAUUUCUUCCCUUUGCUUUGCCUUCUCCCCCUUUUGAGUGCUUGUCCUUGUGCUGUUUGAUAUCCUGAAAUUGUUUCUAUAAAAAGAAAUGCUUUCGUGAAAAAACAAGUGAAACUGUUUUAUUUUUGUUUGUCUCCUACAUUAGUUCUGCGCUGUGACAAUGUAUGACACCAGGGUUGAGGCCUUACCCAUCAUGUACAGACAGAGUAGGACAGGUUCGCCCUUCAGCGCUGAUCUGAAAUCAGUGUGUUAUCCCUCGCAAAUGUUUGAGGGCCCAGUGUUGACCUUGUGAGAGGGCAAUAUCUUCCUUAACCUGUACGUAGCUUCUCAAUUCUGUCCAUACAAGACUUGUACAGUAAUCAGUGAACAAGAAGAGAAGUCACAAUGUCAAUAGCAAUUUCAAUUAUUCACAUUUAAAUU